AUGAGUGGUGUUGGAAUAGAUCUUGUUGGAAAUGAGGACUUCUCCAGUCACCUUAGCCUAGACUUUAUACAAAAGAACCAUGUUUCUGUGAAUUCUUUUAGUUUUAAUCAUACUAUACCAUCUACUAUUGUCAAGGUUGUUAAUGGUCUUGACAGUAAGAAAUCCACAGGAACGGUUACGGGUGCCAGAUCACUUCUGCGACUCCUUGAGGACUGGUGUCAGGCCUUGGAUAACAACAAAUACGUUGGUGCCAUCUUGAUGGACUUGUCCAAGUGCAAACGAACCCCAAUAUUGGAUGAUGACAUAGGUACAUCAAGUGUUUAUGCUGUACAAGAUACCGAAGAUAAGGAGGGGGCGCUAUGUUCUGCUGUGGAAAACAAAGAUGCGGAAAAGGUUCUUGAUCUCCUUAAGCUCGGACAUAAAUGUCAUCCGAACAGCAGAAAUAAAGUGACAUGUCUACAUAUAGCCUGUCAGAGAGGUUAUUUGGAUAUCACACGACAUCUUCUGGAUAAUGGAUUUAACAUUGGCGACUUGACGAAGGAUUAUCGGACACCGCUUCAUGAAGCCGUUGACCGUGGUCAUGUCCCUGUGGCAAGAGAAUUGUUGAAGAGAAAAGCCUCGACCGAGCUUAAAGAUAUAUUUUCUCACACCCCGUUGUUCAUUGCCUGUGAGAAUGGUGACACACAAAUGGCUAAAACGCUGUUGCAAUUCGGAGCAAACUUGCAGGCAGAAGAUGCUAUUGGCCAGUCGCCUUUACAUAAGGCCCGCGCUUCCAGCAUCAUCAAGAUCCUUGUUGAGAAAGGGAUGAAAGUAAACACUAAGGGAGAUCGUGGAAACACACCACUUCAUUGUGCAUCGAGCGAUUACGACGCAGAACUUAUUAAGACAUUGUUGUCCUUGGGAGCGGAUCCAACAAUAAGGAAUAAAGAUGGAAAAACUCCGAGAGAUCUCGCAGAACCGCAGUCGUGGCAAUCAGAUCAAACGCCACUUAAAUUACUGAGAGAAGCUGAAUGGAGAUUUGUUCCGAAAAACGCAGGUGAUAAGGAUGAGGACAAAAAUGAGACUGUAAAAUCUGAAGGUGAAAUUCCUCCGACAGUUACCACCACAAUGGAAAAGAACACAAAAGAUAAAGAAAAAGUCGAGACACAGAGAGCGUCGAACAAACCACAACAAGAGAAUAUAUCUGGACAGGACAAAAACAAUCGACUUAAAUGCCAAAGAAACAAAAAGACAAGCCAUCAAACGGCUGCUUUUAAGCAAGAAAAGGCAAAAGCAGAACGAUGGCUUAAAGACGUUUCGGACUGGGAGAUGGGACAGAUUGCAAGUGUUUUGAACAAAAAGCAGGCCAAAUUACUUAGGAAGUUGGUGCCCGUUACGUUGAAACACACUAUCGGGGAAGAUGAGAGAGGCAAUUGCCGAAACGAGUACUUCCACCUACUAAAAGGCGCCCAGUUACGAAACAGGAAAAUGUCAUUUGAUAUUUUCAAGCGGAAAAUAGCCCUGACUAGACCAUACUUUGAAAAGAUGUCCGAGCAGGAGAAGACGUCAAUGGAGAAAGAAAUAGAAAGGCUGCAGCUGAACAAGAUCAGUAUAAGGAAUCUGAGUUUGGUAUCACGGCUGUCAAUGGUAGGCAACAGAGAAUACUUCCUACUGGGAAUCGAGCUUGGUUUGUCCUCGGAGUCUAUGGCUGAGAUACAUUCUCUAAUACAGGAAUCUCUGGCCGAAAGGUGUCACCAGACUCUACGGAAGACAAAGGAAAGAUUUCCCAAGAAAACCUGUGGUGACGUAGUACGAGCCUUUGCCAACCUAGGACUCGAUUAUCGUAAGGCAAUGGAAUUGCUAGAGGGAAGUGAACAUUAUACAGCAAUCACAUACAGCUAG